CAUUGCGACGAUGAGCAUCCGAUCGAUCCCCAACCAUCACGAGGCCGGCCAGCUAGCUAACCCCUCGCAAUAAUCGCCCUGCGUGCACGCAAGCAUGCCCGGAUCGAUGGGCCGCGGCACGGUGGCGCUGGUGGCGCGCGCCCUCGCCGCCGCGCUGCUCCUGUGGCCGUGGCCGCAGCGCGCCGGCGCGGCCGAGUACGUGGUCGGCGACGUCGCCUUCGGCUGGGACUCCGGCGUCAACUACGCCGCCUGGGCGCGGGAGCACGCCUUCGCCGUCGGCGAUGUCCUAGUUUUCCAGUACGUGAGCUCCCAGCACAACGUGUACGAGGUGAGCGAGGGCACGUACUGGUCCUGCGACACCGGCGGCAACGGCGUGCGCGUCAAGUACACCAGCGGCUACGACAGGGUGGUGCUCGCCGAGGCCAGGACCUACUGGUUCAUCUGCGAUUUCCCCGACCACUGCCUCGGAGGCAUGAAGGUCGCCGUCAACGUCUCGGCCGCCGCCAGCCCGUCGCCAGACGUGCCCCGGCCGUCGGCGGAUGGUAGUAACAGUAAUGCAGCGUCGCUGGCCGGAGAAGGGCGCCGGGGUUGGGUGGCCUGGGGUCUGGCUCUCGGUGCUGCCGUGUUGAUGAAUUGACCUGACUCUCUUUGAUUUUGCUGCAUGGCAAUGGCCACUGCAA